UCCACACUGUCUCUCUGCCUCUUUCCGCCUUCUCACUUUCUGCUGCUCCAAGGAAAAAACCCAAAAUGACAACCUAUACAGAUAAAGGAGAAAAGCCGGCCCGAGGGCGAUUCCUGCACUUCCACUCCUUGACUUUCUGGGUUGGCAAUGCCAAGCAGGCUGCAUCGUUUUACUGCAACAAAAUGGGGUUUGAAGAACUGGCCUACCGAGGCUUGGAAACCGGCAGCCGAGAUGUGGUUUCCCACGCUGUCAAGCAGGAUAAGAUUAUAUUUGUUUUCUCCUCGGCCCUUAACCCUGGAAAUGAAGAAAUGGGACGACACUUAAUGCAGCACGGAGAUGGCGUCAGAGAUAUUGCCUUUGAAGUGGAAGACUGCGAUUCCAUCGUGCAGAAAGCUCGGGAACGUGGAGCCCGUAUAUUGCGAGAGCCCUGGACAGAAGAAGACAAGCACGGGAAAGUAAAGUUUGCGAUCGUGCAAACGUAUGGAGACACCACCCACACCCUCAUAGAAAAACAGAACUACAAGGGUCUCUUCUUACCUGGAUUUGAAGCCCCUCUCUUUAAGGACCCGCUCUUAAAAAAACUACCUGCUGCAAAACUGAAUUUUAUUGAUCACAUUGUGGGGAAUCAGCCCGACCAGGAAAUGCUCUCUGUGGUAGAAUGGUAUCAGAAGAUCCUCCAGUUCCAUCGCUUCUGGUCUGUGGACGACAAACAGCUGCACACUGAAUACAGCGCCCUGCGGUCUGUUGUCAUGGCUAAUUAUGAGGAGACCAUCAGAAUGCCCAUCAAUGAACCUGCGAUGGGCAAGAAGAAAUCUCAGAUCCAGGAAUACGUGGACUAUUACGGAGGCCCUGGAGUCCAGCACAUUGCCCUGAAUACUUCCGACAUCAUCACUUCGAUCACAAACUUGAAAGACCGUGGCAUGGAAUUCAUGUCCGUCCCAGCAACGUACUACCAGCAGCUCCGGGAGCGGUUGAAGACAGCCAAGAUCAAAGUGAAGGAAAGCAUUGAUAAACUGGAGGAACUCAAAAUCUUAAUUGACUUUGACGAGAAGGGCUACCUGCUUCAAAUCUUCACCAAGCCCGUUCAGGAUAGGCCGACAGUCUUCCUUGAGGUCAUCCAGCGCUACAACCAUGAGGGCUUUGGAGCAGGAAACUUCAAGUCUCUGUUUGAAGCUAUUGAAAUUGAUCAAGAUGCUCGAGGCAACCUGACCAUCUUGACACCCGACGGAGAAUCCAAGCUGAUGUAACGUCCAUCAGCCCCCAAAUUGAGAUAUCUUUUAUCUGAGUAAAAUGCGAUGGGCAAAGUUUACGCCCCGAUCUUCCAUUGUAGCCUGAUCUCCCCCCCCCCCGAAUUAAAAUAAAUAAAUAAAUAAAUGAG